AAAUCAGGGGCUGGCCAUCUUAAAUUCGGUCAUCUUCUAUUCAUGUAAAUACAAUAAAAGGUUGAGGCUAGUAGCACAUGUGCACUACCAGAAAUUACUGUAGCGACACUGAUGCCCAGAAUGGACUCCAGUUGCACAGGAUGAAGACGGCCGGUGUGUCAGAGCGUCCCCCACUGAGCUCAUUUCGGGGGGUCCCCCUGGUAAAAUACUUUGCUGAGGUCAUGGGUGAGGUGGAGGGGUUCCAAGCACAUCCGGAUGACUUGCUGAUUGCCACAUACCCCAAGUCUGGAACCACCUGGAUCAGCGAAAUCAUAGACUUGAUCCGUAAAGAGGGUGAUGUGGAGCAAUGCAGGCAAAACCCCAUCUACAUGUGAGUCCCCUUCUUGGAGUUUGCCGCCCCUGAAGUCCCCUCAGGCAUUGAACUGCUUAGUAAAGCCCUCCCUCCACGCCUGAUUAAAACCCACCUUCCAGUCCAAUUGGUCCCUAAAUCAUUCUGGGAAAAGAAGUGCAAGAUCAUUUAUGUGGCCAGGAAUCUGAAGGACAAUGCAGUCUCUCGUUUCCACUUCCACCGUAUGAACAAAAUGAAUCAAUACCCUGGGCCCUGGGAUCAGUUUCUGGAGGAAUUCAUUGCAGGAAAGAUUGGCUAUGGUUCGUGGUUUGAUCAUGUUUGUGGUUGGUGGGAAGCCAAGGACCGUCAUCAAAUUCUAUACCUCUUUUACGAAGAUAUGAAAGAAGAUCCAGCCCGGGAAAUCCAAAAGGUGGCCCAGUUCCUAGGUCUAGUGCUCCCAGAACCAGUUCUGUGCCGAAUUGUGCAACACACAGAGUUUGAGAGCAUGAAAGUAAACCCAAUGACUAAUUACAGCACCAUGCCUUCUUGCCUUUUGGACCAAGCUACGUCACCCUUCAUGAGAAAAGGCACCGUGGGAGACUGGAAGGAGCACUUCACGGUGGCUCAGAAUGAUCGGCUAGAUGGUAUCUAUGCCCGGGAAAUGGGGGGCAGAAGCUUGACCUUCCGCACACAGCUGUGAUCUUCACUGAGGCAUUCAUCAAAACAUGCCUGAGAGGGGCGUAACUUCCUGUAAUGCACAAAUAUGUUUAUCCCUAGUGUUUCAGUUCGAAAGGUCAGUCUAGAGAAUCAGAAAAGACCCUCUAUUUUCAAGCAACAUAUUUUUCCAUCUGGAAGCGCCCUAAGAAGGAGGCCAUCUACUGGCACUCUGGGAAAGAACUGUGAAGGACUGGUCUUUAUUCAUACUCCUUUCAUUCUGACAUGAAAAAAGUCUGUCUUUUUGCAGUUGUUUUAUGGUUUACAACAGAUUUCCAGCAGAAAGUGCUAAGCGUUUUACACAGUGUAGUAAUGGUAGGGCUUGCGGGGAGGACUAGGACUCCUUCAGAGCAACUGCUGGCAGGCUAGGCCUUUUCUAAUAAGAGAGAAAGCCCGGGAAAUUCAAAAUAGAAGGACCAGUCCUGAGGCCUGCGUGGAACUACCUGCACAGCCACCUGUUGAAGAAAAGAAAGCUUUAUUCUCUUACUUAGUUCUGUCCCAGGAGGGCCCUGAGGAAGCAUCAGGCUGAGAGCUGCUGGGGAAAUGGGAAGGCUGCAGCCAGUGAGUAACAAGUUAGGACCAGUUCAGUUAGACAAGUGAGGGAACUUAUAUUUUCUUUUUCUGUAUUGCUUGGAAUCUGAGUUGCCAGGUUUAAUGAAAACUCUCUCUCUUUUACAAUCUGCUUUAUGAAGAGACCAUUGAUCUUAUUGCAUAAUCUUGUUUUUCUAUGUUAAGUAAUAAUAAAGCCUUGUUGGUGACA